AUGGAUAAUUUUACAGAGCAGGUUUUGUUUGAUCAUGAAGCAGACCGUCAAACCCGCGAGACCUAUCGCUACUUUCAGCCUACAAAUCCAGCAGCGCUAAAUGCAACAUGGUCCGCUGGCGAGUAUUUGACCUCUCAUGUCGGCCCCUCGACUGCUUCGUGCUCCUCUACUUCUGUUCUGGAUGACAAUGUCUCUGAGACGGCCUCGAUUGAUGCAAAUCUUUUGUACAGCCCGAAUACGACUUUGACCUCUCUUGCACAGCUGGCAGCUUUACGCCUGAAUGCACAACGUGCCUUUAUCACUAUCUUGAAUCGCGACUCUCAGUUCGUAUUGGCCGAAGCUACCAAAACGACCAACGUGGGAACCUCAACAUUAUUCGGUAACAAAGGUGACAACCUCUUUGCUGGAACAUCCACAUUGACUAGCACGUGGAACAUAUGUCAGGAAACAAUCAAUAUACUGCCGCCCGAACACCAAGAUGGAACAUAUCCUUUUCUUAUUGUCAACGAUCUUCAACAAGAGGAGCGCUUCAAAGCUUUGCCUUUCGUUCAAGGCGAGCCACACUCCCGAUUUUAUGCCGGAACACCCUUGACGUCCGACAGCAACAUAAAUUUGGGAUGUUUGUUCAUAUUGGACCCUGAACCCCGUGAGGGCCUGUCUGAUACGGAGAAGGAUAUACUGGGGACAGUGGGAGCUAUGGUUAUGGAAUAUUUACGGGUCAGCCGCCAGGCCGUUGAAGGUCACCGUGCCUCCCGGUUAUCACAGGGUCUCCGUCUGUUCGUGGACGGCAAUUCCAGCUUCGCCGAUCAUGUUCCCCUUGCUCAUCAGAACAGCUCAAACUGGAGUCCCCAUUCAUACACAUCGCCUUAUCGCAGGCAGAGCCGAUCUGCUGACUCUCAACAUAGCGAUUCAAAUCUUCGUACAGCACAGUUCGAGACCGAUGAUGUGGUGCCCCUCUCAGAUGCUGCCGCACGGUCUGCAAGCCCUUUUUCUGGCGAAGACUUGAGGGCUGGCAUUUCAGCUAGUCCAGCACCGUCAUCGCAUAGCUCGCGACAUGGUGAUGGCGGUUCGAUGGUCUCAAGUAACACGGAUUGGUUGUUUCAGCGAGCUGCGAAUCUUAUACGGCAAAGUCUGGACCUGGACGGUGCUGGUAGUGUAAUGUUUUUGGAGACCAGUGAUGAUUGUUCAGACAGCUUCACCCAUAGCGCUUUGCAUCCAGCUGAUGCUGAGACACCUGGGCCUCUCCUUGCUUUUUCCACGAGAGAAGAUCCGUUCUCAUACAUGUCGAGUACUGAGGUAUCGUACCCAGCCGUCAAACUCGACAAUGCCUUUCUAAACCAGCUAUCACGUCGCUACCCGAAAGGUAGACUCUGGUCAUUUCACCGCGAUGGCAGUUUGUCUACCUCAGACGAAGAGCAAUCUGUGGGCGCAUCUCGCAAAUAUAAUUUAACAUCCAGGGCCUUGGAGGCCAAAACACUGAAAGCCUUCUUCCCUGAUGCUACUCAGGUCAUGUUUGUUCCAUUGUGGAACGCCACUAGUUUACAGUGGUUUGCAGGGUGUUUCUCAUGGACCACCCAGUCGACACGAGUUUUCAGUCGGGAUAUCGAUCUAAGUUCAAUAUUUGGCUUCGCUUCUUCCAUCAUGACAGAAUACAGCCGUGUUGAAUCAGUUGUCGCAGACCGCCAAAAGGGAGAUUUCAUAGGCAGUAUUUCUCACGAACUACGCAGCCCACUACAUGGUGUGUUGGCAGCUGCCGAGUUUCUGGGGGAUACUCAAUUGGACCAGUUCCAAGAGUCUCUUCUCGAAACGGUGAAUUCAUGUGGCCGGACUCUCUUGGAUACUCUGAAUCAAGUUUUGGAUUUCAGCAAGAUAUUAUCAUUGGAAAGACAGAAGAAGAGGCAAAAACGCAAAAAAGAUCCAUGGAGACCGAAAGCUCCAGACGAUAUCCCAGUGCGGCUCGAUCCACCUGUGUCAACAAACGUUGCCACUUUAAUAGAAGAUGUUGUGGAUAGCGUGUGUUUGGGGCAUUCUCAUAUCCAAAGGUCAACUAUGCCAGUCGACCAUCCCAUUGACGAGUCGCCGAAUUUGUCUUCUUCGCCAUCGAAACAGGCCAACAAAAUUGGUUGGGAUUCAAAUGUGGAGGUUAUUCUCGAUAUUAGUGGUAAUGACUGGCUCUACAAUGUUCAGGCCGGCUCCCUCAGACGCAUAGUUAUGAACCUUCUUGGGAAUGCUUUGAAAUAUACCAAAAGGGGAUUGGUAUCUGUUUCAAUACAAGCCACAGAGAACUCAAAGGGUCGUUCGCGACGUCAGGGCCUCGAGGAUAUGGUGACGUUGACGGUUUCAGACACGGGUAUCGGCAUGUCGGAUGAGUACCUACAGACACGUCUAUACACCCCAUUCGCACAGGAGGACACACUAUCAGUUGGCACUGGUCUGGGCCUUUCAAUAGUCCGUGGCAUUGUGAAAACACUCCAUGGAAAUAUCAGAAUCAAAAGCCGAAAAGGCGAAGGCACUACUGUCAAGGUGAUAAUACCUCUUGAGCGUCCAGUGGGAGAGAAUAGUUCGUCAUCAACGCCUUACAUACGGACUUUGGAACAACAGACACUCACGACACCCUACCAACUGCGUCAAUUGGACUUGACUGGGAAACGCAUCGCGAUAUGGGGGGUAGAUCCCUCCUGUCUUGGUGAACACCAUUUCUGGUCUUCCAUUGCUCAGUAUAUCAUUGACUGGUAUGGCCUGAAGCUGGUGCCUUGGUCUGCACAUGAACAUGUUGAUGUUUUACUUGCCAACGAAAGUGAUUCAACUGAAGAAGAACUACAGUGUUUGCAUGCUCCAUUGCCAAGCAUUCUUGUUUUUCGCAGCGACACAGGCAAUGCUGGUGAUACCAGAACACAGUGGUCGCGUUUUGCUGAGUCCCUGGUGAUGCUUCGUCGGCCCUGUGGUCCCCAGAAACUCGCCAAAGGAAUCUUGAAUUGUCUUUAUCCAAAGUCGCCAUCUUCUACGCCAUGUCCAGCUCGUCCCAAACAAGAACUUGUGAUACCGGAACGACCUAGGCCCUCAGGCUCAAAUCCAUCCACUGGGGAUUCCAUAUCAUCGACAUCCGGAAGUCUACAAGCACCAUUGACCGAAUCAGCCAAUAUCAAGACCGUUUCUCGCAGCUACAUGGAACCUGCGGAGCGAAAAUCUUCUGACCAGUCUUCACGCACAGACAGCUCUCGCCUUACACCUGGAAGCGGUGCUUCCAGUGCUCAAACACCUUCCCUCUCUUCCUCCGCUUCCUCAUAUAGCGACCCAACUUGUUCUAAUCCAUCAUCUGGUGCCCAAAUCAAACCCCGGGUAUUGCUAGUCGAUGACAAUGAUAUCAACCUUCGACUUAUUCAAACUUUCAUGAAGAAAUGGAAACUCACGAAUGUGGAUACAGCGCAAAACGGCAGAGAAGCCGUCGACUUAGUCGAAAAGACGCCGCUGGGAUACGACCUUAUUUUCAUGGAUAUGUCCAUGCCUAUAAUGAACGGGUUCGAAGCGACUCGUACGAUACGUGCAAUCGAAAAAGAACGAGGCAACAGCGUUUCAGCCAAGAUCAUCGCAUUCACGGGACUCAGCAGCUUACGCGACGAGUCUGAAGCAUUGGAAUCAGGGGUGGAUGUCUUCCUAACGAAACCUGUUUCGUUCAAGCAAGUAUCCCGGCUUAUCGAAGAUUGGGAAAUCAGAUUGUCAGAAUAA